AUGAUAGACAGUUCUCCUUUUCCUUCUACCCUCUACUUUACUGAUAAUCUACCUCCUUCUACCCUCCACUCUACAGAUAAUCUACCUCCUUCUACCCUCCACUCUACAGAUAAUCUACCUCCUUCUACCCUCCACUCUACAGAUAAUCUACCUCCUUCUACCCUCCACUCUACAGAUAAUCUACCUCCUUCUACCCUCCACUCUACAGAUAAUCUACCUCCUUCUACCCUCCACUCUACAGAUAAUCUACCUCCUUCUACCCUCCACUCUACAGAUAAUCUACCUCCUUCUACCCUCCACUCUACAGAUAAUCUACCUCCUUCUUCCCUCCACUCUACAGAUAAUCUACCUCCUUCUACCCUCCACUCUACAGAUAAUCUACCUCCUUCUACCCUCCACUCUACAGAUAAUCUACCUCCUUCUACCCUCCACUCUACAGAUAAUCUACCUCCUUCUACCCUCCACUCUACAGAUAAUCUACCUCCUUCUUCCCUCCACUCUACAGAUAAUCUACCUCCUUCUUCCCUCCACUCUACAGAUAAUCUACCUCCUUCUUCCCUCCACUCUACAGAUAAUCUACCUCCUUCUACCCUCCACUCUACAGAUAAUCUACCUCCUUCUACCCUCCACUCUACAGAUAAUCUACCACUUCGCUACAGCUCUAUAUUAAAACUCUGA